AAGAUCUCUUCUUUCUGCGGCCUAUGUGGACAGCUCAAAAUGGGAAAAGAGACGAAAGGAGGAGCAUAGCCUGGCUGACUUAGCCCACUUAAUGGACAGAACCUAUGAAAGAAAGCUGCCUGUCAGCUCUUUGACAAUAGCCCGGUUCGUUGACAACAUUUCUUCACGAGAGGAAGUGGAUCAAGCCGAAUAUUACCUUUACAAGUUUCGGCAUAGUCCAAAUUGCUGGUACUUGAGAGACUGGACCAUCCACAGCUGGAUCAGACAGUGCUUAAAAUACGGUGCAUCAGACAAAGCCUUAUACACAUUAAAAAACAAGGUUCAGUAUGGAAUUUUCCCAGAUAAUUUUGCAUUCAAUAUUUUGUUGGAUUGCUUUAUAAAGCAGAAGAAAUAUGAGGAUGCUAUGUCAGUAGUAACAGAGAUCAUGCUGCAAGAAAGUUUUGAUGAAUUCUCAACACAGCUCCUUUCUCUCUAUGUUUUAUACCAGUAUCUGGCAACCAAGUCUGAACGUACGUGGGAAGAGGAGAGAAAUCUUGGUGCAUCGCUAGUGCUUACCAGUCUAAAGCAAACAAGCACUGUCGGUUUUAGCUCCCAGCUAUAUGGCUAUGCAUUUCUUGGGAAAGUGGAAUUGAAUGAAGGGCUAAGAGCUGUAUACAACCUAAUGCCACUGAUGUGGACACCCGGAUACCUGAAUAGAGCCUUGCAAGUGAUGGAGAAUGUGGCUUCAUUGACAGGAGACAGCAAAAUCUGCAAAGAAGCUAUUGAUGCUCUGGAGACCAUUUUGCAGUCUGUCUGUGAAGCAAAACCUGGUCCAGAAUCAGCAGAAGAAGUCAAGAAAUUAGAGCAGAAGCCACAGUGUGCAGAAUCAGAAGAAACUGAGCAAUCUAAAGCACCCGAGUACUACAGCCGAUUCAAG